AUGGAAGUCAAUUAUUUUUGCUAUUCCUUGAACGCAUUCAUUUUGCUAUUCAUUGCCGCUGCUCUAGCGGUUGUAGGAGCAAGGCCUCAGGAAAGUGGCCACAGUCACGGUCACGCUUACUCGUCGCAGAGCGUAGUAGUGCACCACACCCACCACGAGCCGAAACACCACGAGCCGAAGCACUACGAACCAAAGCACCACGAACAAAAAGAGCAUAAACAGGAACAGCAAUCUUCCGGUCAACAAGGGCACCACGGGAGCCACGGCCACCACGAACAACACACGGCUUUCUCCUCACAGCAAAUCUGCUGCGAUGAAUCCAUCGACAUGACGUGCUUUCCAAGGCUCCUGCUGAUCGCCAUGAAUAUUACUCAUCCUAAGUACGAGUUCGAUUACAAAGUUGAGGACCACCACACCAAGGACAUCAAGUCGCAACAUGAGUCCCGUGACGGUGACGUGGUGAAGGGCUACUAUUCCCUGCACGAGCCCGACGGCACCGUGAGGAUGGUUCACUACAGUGCUGACAAGAAGAGCGGAUUCAACGCGCACGUCGAGCGCAAGGGUCACGCCAAACAUGAAUACCACCACCACUAUUGA